AUGCGGUUCCCAGAAUUCUCAUCAGCCCUUGCCCUCUCACUUUUAUCGGAACCUAUUGCCAAUGGCCCUCCUUGCCCUUCUACACAUGGCCAGGGUUAUGUUGCUAUCAGUGAUAUAUCCAUAUCUAUAACUACAUCCGUAUCUAUUAAACCUUCUGUUCCAUCUCUACCCGUUCUAAUCCUGAACGUCACCCAGCAGCAAGCCCAGCAGCAGUUCAUACUUGAAAUUGGGUUCUCCGGUUCGAGAUCUGUUAGAUUCGGGCAGCCUCCAUCGUAUGUCUUUUCACAGGGCACAUCAACAACUUGUCAGUUCGCCACUGCCUUUAUCCUUGUCGACAACCAGCUAUAUGCAGAUAGACAACUAGUUUCAACGAGUGCAGGCACGCUAUUUCAGCCGUUUGUCACGAGUUCAUCUAGCGGUGGCAUUAAUGAUGGGUUUCACCUGGUCAACGGUGUCUUGCAAUGGAGUAAUCCAAGAUUCGCUGCCAGCUCUGCCACCUUUUGUCUAUCAACUUCCAACAUCGUUUUCGCUGCUUAUAAUCCUUCUGCCACACCUAGUAGUUGUAUUCCAAUUACUCUGACCCAAGUACCUUAUACCCAAUGCUUUCGGACCAUUUCUGUAUUUAUCCCAUUAGCUCCUCUAGGUCCUCAGGGUCCGCAAGAAACGACAAUUAUAAAUGGUGCGACGGGUGUAGCAGGCGCUAUAGGUCCAACAGGGGCAGCAGGUGCUUCAGGUGUUAUAGGUCCGACAGGUGCAGCAGGUCCGAAAGGCGCAACAGGUGAAAUAGGUCCUACAGGCGCAGUAGGUCCGACAGGUGCAGCGGGUGCAACGGGUGCUAUAGGUCCUACGGGUGCUACAGGUGCUACAGGUGCUACAGGUGCUACAGGUGCUACAGGUGCUGCAGGUGCUGCAGGUGCUAUAGGUCCUACGGGUGCUACAGGUGCAGCAGGUCCGACAGGCGCAGUAGGUCCGACAGGUGCAACAGGUGCUACCGGCGCCACAGGCGCCACAGGCCCCUCAGGUGGCAAUGAAACAUCCGCAGGCUACGCUGUAAAUUACGAAUAUCUAGGCUGCUACGUCGCCAAUCCGGACGGAAAUUUUGGGCUUGCCCCCCUCUCGGCUCAAAACAUCCUCACCACGUCAGUCGACGACUGCGUAUUCUUUUGUGCGGGCCAGGCUGGUGGAAGCCUUUACUUGACACUUGGUACAACUAGGGCUGGAGCCUCUAUCUGCUCGUGCGGCAAUACUCUUACCUCUCAAAACUUUCAGUCCAUAGGAGCAAAUUUUCAAUGUAACUCUCCUUGCCGACUGUCGGUGACUCCGAAGGUCGGGGUGGAUUACUGUGGCGGAUAUUUUGGCGAAGAUCCGUUGGUCUCUGUUUUUGGGGCAAUUUGAGGUUGGCUUUUAGGAGAGGGA